UUAAAAAAAGAACCCUUAUGCCGACCGAUGUAAUCAAGGGGAAGAAUUAUCUCUUAUCUCUGGGCAUACAUGGUGAAACUCCCAUGGGAUCAAAAAGGAUGGAGAUGCGAAAGAGGCAGAUGUCGGGGCAGCAGGAGCUGGUGGCAGGAGGCACAACGGUGGGCACAGUGCCAACCCAGCAUGAGCAGCCUGGCCAGGGAAACCGUCCCUCCAAUGCUUGCUGCUUCUGCUGGUGCUGCUGCUGCAGCUGUUCAUGUCUCACUGUUAGGAAUGAAGACAGGGAGGAGAGGAUCCUGACAACUUCAUACAACGAAAAAACUGAGGACCCUGAUGACUGCGAGGACAGUCCCAAGCCAACUAUGGAUGAAGUGUGCUCAUGGGGGCAAUCCUUUGACAAACUAAUGCAUUGCCCUGCUGGUCGCCGUGCCUUCCGACAAUUUCUGCGCACUGAGUUCAGCGAAGAGAACAUGCUGUUCUGGCUGGCCUGCGAGGAGUUCUGCAAGGAGACCAAUAAGAGUGUUAUCGAGGAGAAAGCACGCAUCAUAUAUGAGGAUUACAUUUCCAUCCUCUCUCCCAAAGAGGUGAGUCUGGACUCUCGUGUCCGGGAGGUUAUAAACAAGAACAUGCUGGAGCCCACAUCUCACACCUUUGAUGAUGCCCAGCUCCAGAUUUACACACUAAUGCAAAGAGACUCUUAUCCACGCUUCAUGAACUCCUACGUCUACAAAAACCUCCUGAAAAGUGUCUCGGAGCAAUCUCCAGAAUCCUAAAUCCCUGUGAUCCUACUCCAGUUCCCUCCUUUUUCUUCCUUCCUCUUUUCUUUACGUAGUGUUUAAAAAGGAUCUCGGUGCGGGUCCUCCCAGGGAUUUUACAGCAUUAGAGAUCUGUACCUGAAAAAGACACUCAGGUCUCCAGGUCACUGGAUUUUAAACAAUGUCUCAAAUUUCCUGAGGGCUCAACACCACAAGUACUGCUACACAUCAACAACGCAAGAAGCUCCAAAGGAUUCUCAAUGCGUUCUCAUGUUUUUAAGAAAAAAUAUAUUUUAUUUGUUGGA